AUGAUUAUGUUGUUUAAUGGUGGAACUCUCAAAGAUAUUGCACAUUUCCUGCAGCCUUCACGAGAAGAUAUUGAUAACUCCAACCGGUUAAUUGUUGAUGAGAUGAGAUAUGACUGUGUCUACUUGGAAGAAAAGCAUCUCGAAUGGAUACAUAUGCUAACUACUGAGCAGAGGAGUAUAUAUGAUGAGAUCACCGGGGCUGUAUUCAAAGAUUUAGGUGGUGUUUUUUUUGUUUAUGGCUUUGGAGGAACAAGGAAAACAUUUGUGUGGAAAACACUAGCAACUGCUGUUAGAUCAAGAGGACAGAUUGUUCUUAAUGUCGCCUCAAGUGGCAUCGCUUCUUUAUUGUUAGAAGGUGGUAGGACUGCACAUUCAAGGUUUGCAAUCCCAUUGAAUCCUGAUGAAUAUUCAGUUUGCAAAAUCAAGCCUAAAUCAGAUCUUGCUAAGUUGAUAAAAGAAGCAUCUCUUAUUAUCUGGGAUGAAGCACCAAUGAUGAUCAAGUUUUGUUUUGGAGCUUUAGAUAAAAGCUUCUCUGAUAUUAUGAAGAACAAGAGAUAA